AUGAAUUUGGUUGUGGUUUCGUCCCUGAUAUGCGCACAUGCCCCAACGGAGGAAAAGGACGAUGCCACCAAGGACGCUUUCUAUGCGGAGCUCGACCGAGCCUAUGGCCGCUGUCCUUCCCAUGACAUUAAAAUUCUCCUCGGGGAUUUUAAUGCCAAGGUAGGACGAGAAGACAUCUUUGGUGCCACCGUCGGGCGAUUUAGUCUACAUGAGACCACCUCGAGCAAUGGUCUCAGAUUAAUAGGCUUUGCAGCUGCGCAUAAUAUGGUAGUUCGUAGUACCGGAUUCCGUCAUUUGGACAUCCAUAAGGCAUCUUGGCUCUCUCCCGAUCGACUGACCAGAAAUCAGAUCGAUCAUGUUGUGAUCGAUGCAAGGCAUGCAUCUAACAUACUCGACGUGCGAUCCUGUCGGGGUCCCAACAUCGACUCCGACCAUUAUCUUGUUGCAGCUAAGAUUCGCACACGGCUAUGUGUGGAGAAGAUUGCACGUCGAAGUGCGUUAAGAAGGCUGGACAUCGGAAAGCUGCAAUCACAACAGGCGAAGAAUGCAUUCUCCACUCACGUCUCGGGGCUAUUAAGCCGAGCACCUUCAAUACCUGAAGACAUAAGCGAUAUGUGGGCGCUCAUAUCUCACUCUCUGCGAGCUUCGGCAGAAGAAGUGCUUGGAUUCCAGCGUCCUCUAACAAGGAAUCCAUGGUACGAUCAGGAGUGUCAUGACGCAACAGCUGCAAAGGACGCCGCCUACAGAAGAACACUGCAGGCUGGGGCGACACGAGCUAUUGUGGAUGUCUACAGGUCGAGAAGAAGAGACGAAAAACGCCUUUUCAGAUGCAAGAAGAAAGAGCAGGAAAGGCGAGAGUGUGAGAGCAUAGAGAGCAGCAGAUGCAGAAAUGAAGCACGCAACUUCUACCAGAGGGUCAAGCGUCUGACCCAAGGAUUUAAGACUGGUGCAGUGGCGUGCAGGGACGAUGAUGGAAAUCUUGUCACAGAAGCAGAUGUCGUGCUGAAGUUAUGGAGGGAUCACUUCUCGAGUCUGUUAUCUGGCUCAAACACAGACUCUGAAGACUAUGAUCCACGAACCCCAAUCUAUGGCACUGAUAUUGAAGUGCCAAUCCCAAGUCAUAUCGAAGUCAAGGAUGCAAUCCAACGGCUUAAAAACAACAAGUCUGCAGGUGCUGACGGCCUGCCGGUAGAAUUGUUUAAGGCAGCUGGUGAUAUGUUGGUAGGGAGCAUGCACCAACUAAUCAGUAAGAUAUGGCUCACGGAGAGCAUGCCCGAAGAUUGGAACCUCAGCAUGAUCUGUCCCAUCCUGAAGAAGGGUGAUGCCACGUUGCGCACCAACUACCGCGGAAUUAGUCUUCUUCCAGUUGCAUACAAGGUCCUAACGAGCAUAUUGUGUGAAAGACUGAAACCCCAUGCUGAAGCACUGAUUGGACCUUAUCAGUGCGGGUUCAGGCCUGGCAAGUCCACCGUUGACCAGAUUUUCACCUUGCGCCAAAUCCUGGAGAAGUCUUACGAAAACCAGAUCGACACGUACCAUCUCUUCGUCGACUACAAAGCCGCAUUUGAUAGCCCCCGGCGAGAUCGCCUAUAUGCCGCCAUGUCUGAGCUUGGUAUACCAGCAAAGCUGACUAGACUUUGCAGAAUGACAUUGAGCAACACCAUCAGCUCUGUCAAGGUAGGAUGUGGCCAAUCCGAAACCUUUACUACCAAGUGUGGCCUCAGACAAGGUGACUCGCUGUCUUGUAUACUCUUCAAUAUUUUAGUGGAGAGUAUUAUAAGAAAGGCUGGUGUACAUCGGACGGGCACGAUAUUAACCAACAGAUGUGUCCAGCUCCUUGGUUACGCUGAUGAUAUUGAUAUCAUUGGCCGCACCAAGCGUGAUGUCACAGGAGCCUUCGGGGCUAUUGAAAAGGAAUCAGCGAAAGUAGGACUAGCGGUGAAUAUGGAGAAAACAAAGUUUAUGGUGUGCUCUAGCAGAGAAUCGCGGCGUCUUGAUUCUCAGCUGACUGCAGAAAACUAUAGCUUUGGGUCCGUCAAGGAGUUCAUUUACCUAGGCACUGCUAUAACCAGUAUAAAUGAUGUCAGUCUGGAGAUUAAGCGGAGAAUAACACUUGCCAACAGGUUACUCCUAUAUGGUGCGGAGUGCUGGACAGUGACGCAGUCAGACGCAGCUGCUCUUGGAGUGUUCGAGAGGAAAAUUCUUCGUAAAAUCUUUGGUCCAAUCUGCGUGGAUGAUGUUUAUCGCAUCAGAUAUAACCAUGAGCUGUACGGUGAUGUUGACGUGGCCAGUCGAGUGAAAUCUCAAAGACUUCGCUGGCUGGGCCACGUUGCCCGUAUGGAUGAAGACGCUCCGGCUCGUAAGGUGUUUGAUGCGGUGAUUGUUGGGACACGAAGGAGAGGACGACCCCGAACGCGUUGGCAAGACCAGGUGAUGGAAACCCUGUCCACACUUGGUGUUACCAACUGGCGAAGGCGCGCUCAGGACAGAGACGCGUGGAGGCACAUUACGCUUCAGGCUGAGACCCAAUAA